UAGGGGAAAAUAGCCUAAGAAAAAUGAUGAGAGUUUAGAGAGAGAGAGAAACCCUCAGCUCAAAACUCAAGAAAUUUAAAGUAGAAGUUGAAAAGCAUCGAGAGAAUUUUCACCUUUUUCUGUGAUUUUGUACACACACACACUCAAUAGCCCAAUCACUCCUUACUAUCUUAAUCCUAUCCUGUUUGGCUUCAAUUUCAAACCCCCAUUUUGCUGUUAUUGGAUGAAUUUAACAUGUUUUUGACAGGAUUUACCCUUGUUUAAGUAGAAGUAAUGGAGAAGAAGAGGGGUACAAUGAACUUGUCAGCAGAGGAGGCUGAUUCUGUAGCUAACAAGAAGCUCGGUGCUGAAGCAGCUUUGAAUCCGAAUGCUGCAGAGUUUGUCCCGUUUGCUCUUAGGUCACCUGCUGCAAAUAUGAAAGAUCUAGAGACGUCUCCAAAACUUACCACCUCGGGGAAAUCUGUGUUAGAUAGAUCAGAGUCAUCCGUUUUGAAUACCUCCAACUCUGAAGAAGAGGCGCAGCAGUACUGGUGUCACCAGCUCCCAGACGACAUCACUCCCGACUUUAAGCUGAUGGGGAUAGAUAACGAUGCCAACAUAGCCUCAAGAUAUACGUCUGGCUUUACAUUGAAAGAACAGCAAGCCUCUUCAGUUUAUCCCUUGGAUGGUAAUGCUCGUGCUGAAAACCUGAGAUAUCCCGUCUCAUCCAUUGGAGAGUGUCUUCAGACGUCUCGGGACAGGAAGGUUCUCAGUGGCACUGAUCAGCCUUAUAAUGGCAGCACGAAUCAAGCUUUCGCGGCGAAUGAGCACUUAUUGUUUAACAAUGCAGACUUGUGCCGUCUUGAGUUUUUAGCCUCACAAUUUCCAUCUUUUUCUGCUGAAAGCAUUGCGGAUGCGUACUUGUCUAGUGGAGGUGAUCUGAACCUCACAAUCAACGUGCUUACUCAGCUCGAGCUCCAAGGCGAUGGAGGUUCGACUCUUAGUCCAAAGGCUUUCUCCACUCCUAAUCUCAGCGCCUCGAGCCUUCCUCCUCCUCGUGUCCCAAAUCGGCAUAUUGGUUCAAGAAAGCUUUCUGGUGAAUAUCAGCAAAAUGUUAGCCCUAAUUGGUCUCCCGUCAAUAAUAGUUCACGUCUUAUGAGAUCUUUCUCGACCAUCCCAUCACAAGCUGGUACAGAGCCUAGCAUCUGGAAGUAUGACAGAAACGGGUCAUCAGAUGCUAGACAAGUUCUGGCGAAGGCCUAUAACACUGGCCAGGCGAAGAGCAUUUAUGGCGAUAGGCUGCAAAGUCGGGGAUCACCUCUUACAUCUCCAGCCAGGCUUGAAACCGGAGUAUCAUUUGCGAACAUGUAUCCUGAGAGACGGGAGGAAGCUUUUGAUCAUCAACGCGUGCAUAAUUCAUAUAUCGAGCAGGCACGGCAAGCACACCUCGCUGGUAACAACACCCUAGCCAAGGAAUUGAGCAUGAUCGGACAGCUGCAUGCCCUCCAGCUCAAAGCUGCCAACGAGGAAGCUCAAGAAUCGAUCUAUCAUCAAAGGAAUUCGAAUAUCACUAGCGGGACAGAGCAAAUGAUCGACCUACACGGUCUCAACGUGAGCGAGGCCGUUUAUGUGCUCAAACACAAGCUUGCUGUUCUGAGAAAUGCAGCAAGGUCAGUGGGCCAACGAGUGCUCGUCUCCAUCGAUGUGGGGGCUGGUCAUCACACGUGGGACUCGCCCACGGCUGCUAGGCUUCCGGCUGCUGUACAACGCUACCUAUUGGAGGAGGAGGGGCUCGACUACUCCGAGCCACGGCCGGGGCUCCUUAGGGUUGUGAUAUACUGAAUCAUCAAGGUUUAGGUGAAUUUUUUACACUAGAAAAUUGAAAUAGUUUGGGGGAAAAUGUAAUUUUUGUUGUAUGUGUAAAUGGAGGAAAAUGUAGGGAAUUUUCUGCACAGGUGAAAAAGGUAACCCAAUUUUUUUUGAACCAAUUAUUUUAGCUUUGUUAUAUGCAGACUUACAUGAUAGAAUUCAUUCAAA